AUGCAUCCAUUUGCAAUUAAAACCGAUGUCUAUGAAUAUGAUAAAGCUUUCAGAGCCUACAAGAACUUAAGUAACGAAAAAAGAAAUGGAUCGAUAGUCAAUCAUACUUUCUUAAAUAAAUUACAAAACCAAGGUUUACUAAACGACGAUAAACGAGUCACUUUAGUGGCUGAUAUCGCGUGUGGUGAAGGAGAUACUAUUAUAAGAUACUUAAAAGGAAUUAAAUUUAAGUCAGGUUUAGAUAUUAGAGGAUUGGACAACAAUUUUAAUUUUAUUGGUAGCGGAGUCUCUUUAAACCAAAAUAUUCUACAUGACGAGAAAGUACCACCAAUUUAUCAUAAUCUUUCAAAUGCUUAUCGUGAUCAAACUAUCCCGUUGAAAAAUUUUCAAAUUACGUUCGGCGAUUUAUUAAAAUCUGAUGUGGCACAGCUAUUGUAUACGAAGGAAGAGAUUACACAAUCGAUGAAUCGAUUUCGUCUUGUCUAUCUUAUCCAUGGUAUAUACUAUCUUUCUUUUCCACAUAAAAAUGGUCGAUUUGGAGUCACUAAUCUUGUAGAUAGUAUCGUGACAGAUCUAUUAACCGACGACGGUAUCGCACUACUAUUUCAUAGUUCUCUUAAAGUAAAUGGUAAUGUUGCAUUAAGCUAUUUUAUUAGAAAUCACAUCAAAAAUUUUAUUCCAACUGACGAAGAAUAUCGAAUGUUAUCUGCUGAUAGUCUGAUUAGAUAUUCAUGUCAUAGGCUAGGAAUAAACUGUUAUGACAUACCGUACACUUCUGCUAUUCGAUUUUCAAACAACUUUAAGAUGUACGUGGAUAUAUUCAGGAAUCCUAGUCGUUAUCACGAAUUACACGAUAAUACUGAAGCUCUACAAGAUUUGCAAAUGAUCUUAUUUCUGGGUCAUCGAUCGCCAAACGAUCUCUUUAUGGAUCGAAGUCCACGAGGAUUACAAAAUUUACUCGAUAUCUUAGUGGAAAAGUUAGAUGAAGAAGGCAACCUUAAAAUAUAUUCAUGUAUGCAAAUAAUACUAAGUAAAAAAGCAAGUUCGGAAAUGCGGCAGAAAGUAGAAAAGGUUGCAGAAGAAUGUCGGAAUCUAUUUUCUCAAAUCAGCCCAGAAAAGAUAAUAUCUAUGUUGUAA